UUUUAUAGAAAAGGCUAUUUUUGGAUUUAUGCUUUGGCCCUUUAAUUUAUUAUUCUUUUUGGGAAUUGUGCUUUGAAUGUUUGUUAGUGUGUAUUUUGUAUUUUUUGUGGUUUUGUAUUUUUUGUGUUUUUGUAUUUGUUUUGCUACCCUCGAAUUUGAGGCGGUGGAAUGCCCAGUGGAUUUUGAAUGUGAAUAUGGCUGCUGGGGACCGACGGAGUGGACGGAGCCAAUAUUAUGUUCUAAAACAAAGCCUCAGUUGGUAACUGAAGCUAAAGCUCCCACUUGCCCCGGAACCCCCUCCUCUCAACUGACUGGUUCACAGCACUUCAUUAUUAUUCACUUCACACAGGGACUGAUUUUAAUUAGUUUGGGUGUUAUUAUUUGUUUGGUUUUUACACAUCGCACCACACACCCACACAAACAACAAGCAAGCCACACAAACAAUAAGCCUAUUACUAAAAAGAAAUUAGAAAAUAAACCGAUUUUUAUUUCGGCUGUUUAA